AUGCAAGUCGCCGGUGAUUGUCCGCGGCCUAUAGGUGAGGCGGAGAGCGAGCAGAUGCGCGCACAGGUAGCGACCGAUCCACGGAGCAUUUGCAUGCAUGCGCAAAUUAAGGCCACUUUGCACGGAGGCAGAGAGGGCGAGAGCAAUGAUGGGCAGCAGCGCGCGCGUCGUGGGCAGGGGAGUCUCGCUGCGAACGAUCGCGAUGGACAGUCUCGGCUCAGUUUUGUGAGCGGAGAUUUGAAUAAGGUCGUCGGAAGCGGGGCACAAUGGCGGCCGUUGAGUUCCGUGAAACACGCGCACGACAAAAACGCGCGUCCCGCGGCCGGCCGCUUUGUCCCCGCCAGCCCAUUCAUCCCG